AUGUCCGUGUCGCGCUGCAAGAUGUGCUGUGAUGUGCUCGGCAAUCGUCCUACGUCGCGCUGCAACCUCCACAGCUCUGCAACCUCCUCGUGGUGCGCGCGCGUCGCCCGCGAAUCGACAGAGCCGAGCGACGCGGGGCCCGGGAGCCCGGACGCCCCGCCGGACCACGAGGCGGAGCCCGUGGAGCAGCUGGUGAUCUCCUCGCUGCCCCGGCAGGGGACCUUUGACCCCCGGCAAUGCAAGUUCUCCGACAUGGAGCUCAAGCCGCAGCCCAUCGUGAAGAAGGCGUGCAAGAGUCACGUUCCCGACGAGCUCAAGGACGAGCGCUACUGGGCCCGACGCAGGAAGAACAACACGGCGGCCAAACGGUCCCGCGACGCGCGGCGUCUCAAGGUGAAUCAGAUCGUGGUGCGCGCCUCCUUCCUGGAGCAGGAGAACGCGGCGCUGCGUCGCGAGCUGGCCGAGAUGCGCCUUGAUCUGGGCCGGGUGCGCAACCUCACGGCCAAGUACGAGGCCCAGGGGGAGGCACAGGGGGAGUCCCGGUGCUUGAGCGAGAUCGCUCAGAGCGGUGGUUCUUCUUCUUCUGCUGCUGCUUAA